CUCCCUGCUCGCCUGCGUCUCACCCUCCUAGCUUUGUGCCCGGGGUGCCGAACUGCUGCUGGGUCCGCCACCGACGCUCUGCCGCUUGCUGCCCCUGGUAGGGGCACAGUUAUAUUUGAGGGCCAUGUCUUGCCACCUCAAUUCGGAAAGCCACCUGGAUCCAGGCCCCAUCUAUGUCCGAGAAAAUGGACGGCUGCACAUGGUCAGCCUGGCUCUGAAUGGCGUCAGGAGUGGCCUGCGGCAACCCAAGCCUUUCGGACUGUUUUCCAAAGGCUUUUCGGUUGAGCUGUGCAUGAACAGGGAAGACGACACUGCCCAGAAGGAGAAAACGGAUCAUUUCAUCUUCACGUACACCCGGGAGGGCAAUCUCCGCUACUCUGCCAAGUCACUCUUCAGCCUCGUCCUGGACUUCAUCUCCGACAACAUUGACCAUGUCGAUUCCCUCAUUGGCUUUCCCGAGCAGAUUGCUGAGAGACUGUUCUCUGCAGCCGAAGCCAGACAAAAGUUCACGGAGCCGGGCACAGGGCUGAGGGCCUUGCGGAAAUUCACCGAGGCCUACGGGCGUCUGGUGCUCUGCUCCCUAUGUCUGCGGGACAGGUGUCUGGUGAUUUCAGAGAAACUCGAGGAGAUAAAGUCCUUCCGGGAGCUUACCUGCUUGGAUCUUUCCUGUUGCAAGCUUGGAGAUGAGCAUGAGCUUCUAGAACACCUCACCAAUGAGGCUCUGUCUAGUGUCACUCAGCUCCACCUGAAGGAUAAUUGUUUGUCUGACGCCGGGGUGCGGAAAAUGACAGCACCCGUUCGCGUGAUGAAACGAGGCCUUGAAAAUCUAACACUAUUAGACUUAUCUUGUAACCCUAAGAUCACAGAUGCAGGAAUUGGAUACCUGUUCUGUUUUAGAAAGCUAAACUGCUUAGAUAUCUCUGGGACAGGGCUCAAGGAUGUAAGCGCCAUCAAGCACAAGCUGCAGGCCCGCAUGGGCCUCGUCCUCUCCCAGGUGUCUCUGAAGGAAUUCGAUCACACUAACUGCAAGACCGAGGGCUGGGCCGACCAGAUUGUCCGGCAGUGGGAGCGCCUGACAGUGAAACCCCUGAAGAAAGCGGCUGUUGCGGAGCCUCGAAAGACAGCUCAGUACUUCUAUGGAAACCGCUUCCUGGCCGAGGCCUCUUUACGAUGUGCCCUGGACAACACCUGCCCGUAUGCCAAUGAGAAGCUCCAGUUUCGGAAAGAGAAGCCUGCAGAGGCCCGGGGGCCAUUGUUGAACUGUGACACUGCCAUCUCAGUGCACGAGCCCCAGAAGAGCAAGAAGAGGACUUUCGAGGAGUCAGAGAAGGAGCCGAGUAACUCCCCACAGGCUGCCAAGCAGAAGUAUGUGUGCCUCACUGUGCAGGACUGGGACCUGCUAAAUUCUUACUGAUGGGCAGCUGCGUGCAGCCCUGUUGCCCAAAACCCUAGUGAAAGAGAAGGCAUGGCUGAGGGUUUCCUUUGUGUUUGAUGUUACCUGUGGCAUUGGCAUAGCAAACAGAUAUUUCUACUUUUGUGGUAGGGAAGGGAAAUGCUAUGGAGGUAUGUUAAUAAUUUGUAAUGUAUAUUUUCAAUACAUAGUAAUUUUUUCAAAUAAACUUUUUUGCUGU